UUUUAUAUUCUCUCAAAAAUGUCUCCACCCGCCAUCCAAGGCCAACCAAAAAUUCGGCAUGAUGAACAGACCAACUCCGUCUUCCUUGAAGUUUCUGUCCUCGGAGCUGAAGCAACUAAAACCAAAUGGUACUUGGAAGAAAAGGAAAUAGCUUCGGGGACUGGGGCCUACAGAAUGAGCACUCAGGAACAGGAGGGAGGCAAAAAACUAAUUAUUUGCGAGAUCAAAAAUUAUGACAAAAGCAUGCAAGGAACUUAUAAAGCUGUGAGUUUGUACUUUUAGUAGAAGAUGUAGUGGGGCAUUUGUGAGAAGGUAGUAUAGAAGAUUUGUUAGAAAUAGACAGCUCUUAAAACUUACAAUUACAUGGGGAGGGGAAGGAGACGAUGAAAACCUUUCUCAUCUUCUUGGUAAAUAUCUCGAUUGGGGACAUGAUUCUGGAAAAUUAUACA